AUGAUAGACCACACGACCCCGGGUCCUCGCUAUCGGCGCACGAAGCAACCGAAGGAGAAGGGCGAAAGCGAAGAGAAACGCCCGCGGACCGCGUUCUCCAAUGCGCAACUGCAGCGGCUAAAGAAUGAGUUCAACGAGAAUCGGUAUCUGACGGAGAAGCGCCGGCAAACGCUCAGUGGCGAGCUGGGGCUGAACGAGGCGCAGAUUAAGAUUUGGUUCCAGAACAAGCGGGCCAAGAUCAAGAAGAGCUCGUCGGAGAAGAACCCGCUGGCGCUGCAGCUGAUGGCCCAGGGACUGUACAACCAUUCGACGGUGCCGCUCACGAAGGAGGAAGAGGAGCUCGAGAUGCGCAUGAACGGCCAGAUCCCGUAG